AGUUGAUCAAGGCCCAGUAGUAGAUGAGUUGUUCGUCGGUGGAUAGUAACUCCACCCAACCUACGUCUACAUCAGAUGCACAGAAGCGUCCUCGAACAGGGUCGAUAGGGCCUAACCGACGUGUUUAUACUCCCGACGGUCUGAGACCAUAUCUUGAGGUCAUCGACCGUUGCUGCUCUGAUGAUAUCCUCAUGGAACCUACUAUUGCAUGCUUUAAUAGUGAUGAUGUACGCCAAGUCUUCGAUAACAUCACUGGCUCGGCAGGGAGGCAAACUUGGCAGAACUAUGGCAAGCUGACUGUUCAUCUACCCCAGCUAGAAUCAUUGGUCUCGAUUAUUAUCAAAAGAUUCCAGCCUGGGGAGGAUACCUUGCUGUUUGAGCUCGGAGCCGGGAAGGGAUUGCUCGGGAGGAUAAUAUCGGAUAUGUCCGGCUGCAGGCACCUAGCAUUAGACUGUCGUAAUAUUACUAGUGGAUAUGAUGGUGAAGAUGCCACUCAAGCCUGCUAUGAUGACGAUUGUGAUGAUAAAUCCGACACAGCGUCGAGUGGAGUCGGCAAAACAAUAAGAGUUAGAGCGGAUAUCACUGCGACUGACUUACGGCAUAUAGUUGACUAUCAGUGUAGGAAGAUGAGAGAGGAUGGUAUCAAGGAGCCUAAGGUAUUGUUCAUUGCUAAGCACUUGUGUGGUAAUGGUACAGAUGCUGCCGUGAAUGGUAUAGCCCCUCUGUUGUGUCUUAAUGCUGGACACGGUGAUUGGACCGUUCGUGGAGCAGUACUUGCACCAUGUUGCCAUCCUAAGGCCACGAUCGACGCCUUCGCAGGUCUAGAGUCCGAUAUGGCGAUAAUGGACCAGAUAGAGGGGGAGUCUGGGCAGGAGUGGAGGAAGCAGGUGUGGGAGGUCCUCAUGCAACUCCUGUAUAUGUCGAAGCUAGGAGGUUCUCUCAAGCCGUCGGACUGCAGUUCUUGGUCAGCCAUCACCUCCUCAUUCACUUACUCGCAACUGCGUCGCCUUGGUCGGAAGUGUCGCAUAUUCUUAGAGUCGGUUAGGGCACGAAAGCUCGUGUCGGAGGGUGCUCUUGGUGAUGUGGAGCUGAUCCAGUAUGCCUCUCAAAACGUUACCCCGGAUAACCUAGCCAUUGUCUAUGACGCUUCUGGCAAGUUUGACUUGAAGUGGGACUCUGAAUUUCCCGGAGCUGUUGUGAUUAGGGUGUUGAUGGAUCAGAGUAGUAAUAAGACUGUUACACUCCCAAAGAGGCUCUCGGAGUAUAUUCUAGGCAUGAAUUCUAUCAACCCAGCGUGGCGGAGACUGGUCAGAUCCGCUUAUCCCGUCUCUAUAUCGGAUCUCGAAUGCAAUUCUCCCUCGGGCUGUGUGCAGGUUGAGUCUGCCGCAUUGGUCCUUGUCAAUGAUAAGAGCGAAUUGGCAUCCCUUAUAUCUCUCCUCAAUAGCGAUCCGUUGGUGCGAAGAGUUGUGUCCAUGAUGUAUCCCAUCACUCACCUGAGAGAGGAAGCUGGUGCCCACUCUUUGCCGGACCUAGCAUCGGACCAGUUACCUGUGAGGACCUGUGCCGCACCCAACUCAUUACAGCUCACCAAGGAUAUAUGCAAUG